AUGCAGUCUCCUCAUGAAAAUUGGACAUUGGUGACAGAAUUUGUCUUGGUAAGCUUCACAGGCAUCCAGGAGGCAUGGUUGCCUCUGUUUGGCUUCUUCUUAAUCAUGUACUUGCUAACCCUGAUGGAAAAUGGCAUCCUCGUCUUAGUGGUAGCAACAGAAAAGCGCUUACACACCCCCAUGUACUUUUUUCUCAUCCAUCUCUCCUUCUUAGACAUUUGGUAUACCUCUCUCACUGUGCCCAAAAUGCUGGCUGGGUUUGGAUAUCCUGCAGGUCAGAGGAUCUCUUAUUCUGCCUGCUUGACUCAACUUUACCUCUUCACUUUCUUGGGCAGUACAGAAUGCUUCUUGCUGGCAGCCAUGGCCUAUGACCGCUAUGUGGCUAUUUGUAUCCCUCUGCGGUACCAAGAGAUUGUAGAUCGAAACACCUGUCUGAUUCUGGCAAUUGGCUCAUGGUUAACUGGUUUUCUUACCCCAGUGCUGCCUGUUUAUUUCAUGUCACAGUUGACAUUUUGUGGCCCCAAUGUAAUAGAUCACUUCUUCUGUGAUGCUUCACCACUCCUUAUUCUCUCCUGCACUGACAUUUCACUGAAGGAAUCAGUAGACUUCUUGGUCUCUCUUUUGGUACUGUUGAUCUCCUCUUUGGUUAUUAUAACAUCAUAUGUUCAUAUUAUCAUUACAGUGCUUAGAAUUAGCUCGUUGGUUGGACGGCAACGAGCCUUUUCAACCUGCUGCUCCUCCCACUUGACAGUUGUGAUCCUACAAUACGGAGUCUGCAGCCUUGUGUAUCUGCGUCCCAAGUCCAGCACUUCAGAAGAUGAGGAUAGGAAACUGGCUCUUAUAUACACCUUUGUCACUCCCCCCCUCCUGAACCCCUUGAUCUACACCCUGAGGAACAAAGAUAUCAAGCAGGCUUUAAGAAAGGUCAUGAAGAAAAUGGUUACAUCUCAAACUUGAAUCUCAAUUUAUCUAUAACAUUAUUAUACCCUUAAAACCAGUUGUGGAUUAGCAUUAUCACAGAAGGAAGUAAUCUUGAAUCCUUCAGGUAAUUGCUGAUCAUUUCCCAGC